AAAGGUAAUACUUUUGGGCAGAAAGGUUUUGAUUCUUCAUCGUCGCCACGCAAGUUCCAGAAGGCAGUGGAUGCCCUCUGCUGGUGCAAGGCGGUACUACCAAAUUGAUUGCCAAGUCUUCUCUUGCAUGCAUCUGAAGAGAUGAAUCGAGAAAGAAAACGCUGUAAACGGAGAAGGUUCAGAGCCACAGCUCCCCCUUUCCUUGAUUACCUGAAGGAUAUUCUGCGCCGAUACCCAGACGGCGGACAGAUUCUCAAGGAACUGAUUCAGAAUGCCGAUGAUGCAAAAGCAACAGAGGUUGUUUUUCUGUAUGAUGAAAGGAAUUAUGGGACUGAAAACCUUUGGGAAGAGGACCUCCACACCUUUCAAGGACCUGCCUUGUUGGCAUACAACGACUCUGUGUUCACUGAGGAAGACUGGAAGGGGAUCCAGGCUACAGGAAGGAGUGUCAAAAGCAAGGAUCCCAAUAGAAUCGGUCGCUUUGGCAUUGGGUUCAACUCUAUUUACCACAUAACUGAUCUGCCAUGCAUCUUCAGUGGUAAAAAUGUGGGCUUCAUGGACCCCCAGGAGAAAUAUUUUGACGAUGGUGGCUACAUGUGGUCCUUGGAGGAUGAAGACGACCAAGAAGAUCUACAGAAGCAUCCAAACCAGUUUGAGCCACUGAAACAAAUCCUGAGGGAAACUGGCAGCCAGACAUCCUGGGAUGACGUGCUCCGAGAACAAAACUUCCAGGGGACCCUGUUUCGAUUUCCGCUGCGGGAACAGCUUUCGCAGAUAUCAGACAACUUGUACGACCAAAGCCGAGUCUUCGAUCUCUUUGAUUCCUUCACGGCUGAUGCAGACAUGAGCCUCCUCUUCUUAGAAAAUGUAGCCUCCAUCUCAUUGAAGCAUAUUUACAGAGACGGCACAGUUAAGAACAUUCUUACCGUCACAGCUUCACAGGAAGAAGUGACCCCUGGAGGCACAGAUCAGGAGAGACUAGAACUGCUCUCGGGUGCAGAUGCCUGCUCUGUUUUUAAAGUUAUAACAAGUGAGAGUCCUGCUGAGCAGAAGAGCUGUAAGUGGCUGGUUUCUACCUUCACAGCAACUGGCAGCGUUUAUGGUGAAUUACACAAACUCGCUGAAAAGCUGAACUAUCGGCCCUGUAUUGGGCUUGCCUUCCCUUUGAAUGAGGACCAUGAUGGAAAAUUUAAAGGCCGUCUGAGCUGUUUUCUACCACUGCCUGACAACGACAGCAACACCACAGGCUUGCCCGUCCAUGUGAACGCGUGUUUUGGGCUCACAGACAACCGUCGAUACAUCAAAUGGGUGGAGGAGGACCAGAAGCACGAUGAGGCUGCUCAGUGGAACGAACUCCUGGUUGAAAAACUCCUCCCACCAGCAUACUGUCACAUCAUUCUGGAUGCUAUUGCCUUGACCCUGACUGGAGAACCGUUAAUGAACCCAUCAAUGACCUAUAACCUCUGGCCUGACCUGGACAGCAUAGCCCACAAGGAACGUUGGGCGACAAUGGCAAACAUGAUGGCCACAAGCUUGGUAGAAUACAGGAUUCUCUGUUCAGCUCACAGUUCCACAGAUUGGAUACAUCCAGAAGAGGCUGUCUUUCAAGAACCUAGCGAAGAUCCGGACAUCAUGACUGCUGUGGAGAGCUUUCUCUUAUCCGAGGGGAAGCUGUUGGUCAAAGUUCCUAGCCAUGUGUACCGCACAGUUCAAUCUGUUAAAGAAUACUGCAUAACCAUGGCAACCCCGGAAUUUAUAAAGAGAAUUCUAAAAACCUGUAACUUGAAUUCUAUACCUCGUGAUCAAAAGAUCCCGCUGCUUGAGUUCAUUCUCAGAUGUGAAGAUUCCCAGGGACUGAAAGGGAUUCCAUUGCUGCCUUUGAGCGAUGGAUCCUUCACUACUUUUCAAGCCUCCAACUAUGGUGAAAAAGUUUUCAUUGACAGUGAAGAUUUCCCACGGACACUGCUGCCCGGACUGGCAAAGAGGUUCAUUUCUGAUGAUCUGAAGCCUACUGUUCUUGGCUCAUUACGGAGAUUGGCUUCAAAGAAUAACUUCAAUCUUCAGUGUCUGAAUGUGAAGCUAAUCACUGAAAACAUAAAAGAUGCUUUCCCAUUUAACUGGGCUCGUGGCUCGGACCACGUCACCUGGGAUGCAAGAAACCACGUGGAUAGAUCAGACAAAUGGCUCCCUCAGCUCUGGCAUUUCCUAAAAGAACACUGUCCUACUGACCUUCGUCCCUUUGAAGGACUGCCAGUUAUACCACUCAGACGCCAGGCUGAAGCAAAAGGGACAGUUGUACUGGCACGUCUAAUAAAGAACACAACAUUGAUUUAUCAAGAACUUAAUGGCUGUCGUUUGCGAGAUGAAAUGGUGGCCCUAAUCGAAAAGCUUGGAGGCACAGUGAUCAAGCAGAGUGAUGCGUUUCUAGACCAUCCAAAGUUAAAAGACUACAUAUUCCUUCCAUCUGUAAGCAACCUCUUAACCCUGCUUUCCAACCUUGGUGUUGAUGCUGUUAAGAGUAAACUCUCCACUAUGUCUGUGGAGGAAAGAAACCAGAUAAGGAACUUUCUGUCUGAAGCAAACAGCUUUGUAAAAGCUGAGAAAAGUCUCAUUUCUGAACUACCCAUCUUUCACCAAAUGCUGUCUCUCGCAUCUCCCAAUCAGGGUCUCAUAGCUGCCACAAACUAUGCAGCAAUAAAUUGUGAUACAUUGCCUAGAAUUCCAGGUGACAUAAUCCUGCCUAAGACAGUCCUGAAGUGCACAGGUGAAUGCGACAGAAAACUUCUCUUACAACUAAAGGGCAGCCUUUUGAGUGCCGCAGAUGUCGCGCUGCAGAUUGUAACAGAGGUUGAAAACGGCCUCUACAGGGAGUCUCACCAAAAGGACACAAAUAUGUUGUGGAUUUUGAGAAACAGUGACAUGCUUUUUAACCAGCAGGAUCUAAUUCGUAAGAAAUGUGAAACACUGAAAUUCCUGAAUUCCAGAGGGACCGGAGUGCAGCCUUCAGCCCUGUUUGACCCAGAGGUGAAAACAUUCAGAGACCUGUUCAGCCAUGACUUCUUCCCAUCUAAAGAUUUUAAUGAAAAGGGCGUUCUGAAGACCUUGCGUUGCCUGGGUUUGCGAUCUUCGCUUGGAGACAUUAGCGCCGAUGAAUUCCUAAUAGCUGCACGAGAAGUGGAUCGAGAAAAAAAUGACCAAGCUCGCAAAAAGUCAGAUGCUUUAGUAGCUGUUUGUAAUGAUACAGACGUUCUUUCCAAAUUUUCCUCAAAACAGCUGGAAACUGUUUGCUCACUGGCAUGGGUGCAUAUUGCAAAACCAACAAAAAAGCAAAGUUCUAAUUGGUACAAACCUAAAGACAUAAAGGACUCAAGUCUGGGGAGUUUAAUCGGCUCAGUGAUCACUCUUACUACACAAUUCAACAGAAAGGCAUGUCAAGCUUUAGGAUUGACUGAACCUCCUCCACCAGCAAAAGUAAUUGAAAAUCUCAAAGUACUGUCUGAGAAUUAUAAAGAGGAAGAUGUGUUUUCAAUCCUGACAAAAGUGAACUCUAUCUACAGUUACAUUCAGAAGAACCUUGAUAAGUUUACAAGUCUGACUGACCUUCCAAUUUGGAAUGGAGAGGGGUUUUCAGAGCCGAAAGACAUUAUUCUGGCUUACCCUAAAGAAUUAGAUCUGAGCCACUGCAUGAAGAAGGUCCCACCAGAGUUAUCAAAGUACAGUGAUUUGCUGAAGAAGUGUGGCGUCAAGCCCUCGCUGAGCCCUGCCGAAGUGGUUAGCCUGCUGUAUGACCUGCAGAAGAACAUUGAUUCCCGUACAACCAGUGCAAGGCCAGAGGAACUGCAGUUGGCCAUUUCUGUUCUUGAGUGGAUGCGGAAGACAAAUCAAGAUCUGGAAAGUCUAGGCUGUGAAAAUGACCUUCCGGUUCCAGUACACAAGAAAGGAAUGGAAGGGGAUUUCUGUUUGCAGCCCUUGUCCAAAGUCUUGUAUCGUGAUAUUUCACCAGAAGCAUUGGAUGACCUCCAGCAAGAUGAAGAGGAGUUCCAUGUUGUCCAUAAGGAAAUACUCCAGGCCACAGCAGAGUACUUGCAUGUUCACAAUCUCAGCACCAGGAUACUCAAGCCAGAAUUUAUUGAACAGUGUGGGCAAAGUGAAGCCAUAACUUUAAGAAUAAAGAACAUUCUCAAAGAAUACGAUGAGGAAAGCGACCUUUUCAAAGAGCUAAUUCAGAAUGCGGAGGAUGCUAAGGGGACGGUCUGCUGUUUCUUGGUGGAUAUGAGGCAAAACGAGGACUCCCCAGAGAGUCUCAUUGACCCGGGUAUGGCGUCAUGCCAUGGUCCAGCACUCUGGUCCCACAACAAUGAGGUUUUCACUGAAGAUGAUUUCAAAAACAUAACUAAAAUAGGGUCAGCCUCAAAGGAACAUCAAGUUGAAAAGAUAGGGAAUUUCGGGUUGGGAUUUAAUGCAGUGUAUCACAUAACAGACAUACCAUCAAUCUUAAGUGGCAAAACUCUGUUAAUCUUUGACCCAAAUGUCACACAUCUCCAGAAACACAUUAAAAGCAAAUCUAACCCUGGAAUCAAACUGGACCUUUCCAGAAGUGACCGUGUGCUCAAGAGAUUUCCAGGCCAGUUUAAACCAUACCAUAACAUAUUUGGAUGCAACAUGAAAGCAGACCAAUUUGAUUACAAAGGAACCCUGAUAAAACUCCCCUUCAGGACAACUGCAGAAGUUGAAAAGUCUGAGAUAAGCACCAAUUGCUAUGAUGAGCGCAGGAUCCAGUCACUAGUAGAUACCUUUAAAAAAACCUCUCAAAACAUGCUGCUUUUUUUAAGGAGAGUUGAAAAGGUCAGUUUGGAAGUACUGUCCCAAACAGCAAGCACAGAGCACCAAAGCAGUGCCACCACAGUGCUGACUCUGACAAGAAAAGACAUCUGCAAAUAUAAUCUGGCAGACAACAUCCCCUUCAGACACCUACAGCAGAAUUCUGUUAGCAAACUGGAAAGCUUUAACGGAAAAUGCAGAGGAAUUAUUGACGUUAAUACUUUUAGUAUUGUGGAGAUCACAUCCGAAGUCCCAGAAGCUUCACAGAUGUUGCAGUACUGGCUAGUUCAUUCCUGCUUUGGUGUUGGGAAAGCCCUGCAAAUGGCCUGUGAUAAAAGUCUUUUAGCCCUUCCGCUCGGAAGUGUUGCCGUUCCUCUAAUCAAGAGCAAAGAAGCAAUUGGGAAGUGGCGACCAGAUACCGAAGCAGCUGUUGGCCAGGCCUUUUGUUUCCUUCCACUUUCUAUCCAUACUGGGCUCCCAGUUCACAUUAAUGGAUCCUUCUCAGUCACUUCCAACAGAAAGAAUAUCUGGACCACUGGAUUAAAGGGAGGUUGGAAUGAAGCGUUACUACAAGAUGCAGUCAAUGUGGCAUACGUAACAGUACUCCUACAAUUACAAAAGAUGUGUCAAGAAAGCAAGAUUGAAGGCUACAACUAUUACACAUUCUGGCCCAACAUGGACAAGGUUUUAAAGCCAUUUGCUGCAACUGCAAAGGCAUUUUAUGAAGCCGUGGCAAAGGGAUUUCAAGGCCACCCUUUAAAUAUCUUGGGUAAUGGAAAUGACUGGUGUGACAUUGACCAUGCACGAUUUCUGGACUAUGAAAUCAUCAACAGUGAGAAAAUAGGGAAAGCAGCCAGUAAAGAAUUUGCUGACCGGCUCAAGCAACCACUCCAGGCUGUGAAUUUGCCAGAUUGGGUGAGAAAAGGUUUUACAGUGAAUGGACACGGGGACAUCAUUGACAAAUACACUUAUGACUGGAUUAAAUUCUACAGCGAAAUAGUCUUUGACAACUUGCAAUCCAUGGAUGCUUGUACAAGGAAUGCAUUAAUUCUCCAUGCAAUUGACCUGAGAAACCCAAGCAUUGAUGAACUCUUAAAAGCUAAGCCCUGCAUUCCAUCUAGCAAGAGAGGGGAGCUGCAAUAUAUUCAUAAUCUCAUUCACCCAAAAGGAAAGGUUGCCCUCCUGUAUGACAAAGAAGAAGGUAGGUUCCCCACAGGAGCAGAGGGAGAUUUUCUUCAUCCUGAGAGACUGACAAGACUAGAAACUCUUGGGAUGAUCAAAGACGAGGCCUCCAUUUCCCAACUCAUAGAGAGAGCGCAAACAGUGAAACAUUUGUGGCAACAAAAUAAAGCAAAAGCAUACAAGAGAGUCCAGAACAUUUUGGCAUUGCUGAGCAAUGUAAAGGUGAACAAUACAGUCCAAGAAAAGAUUCAGGAUAUUGUUUUUCUUCCUGCACACGCCCCCUUCUCUCCCUCGAACAUUGCGUUGAAAAAUGUCUGUCUUGAAAAACCAAAGGACCUGUACAGCCACAAACACAAGUGGCUUGUCAAUAUGAUUCAACCAAUAUUGGCCAAAAAUGAGUUAGGGCCAGACUUUAAAAUCUCUUCAGAAGUCAAAUCUAUCUUGGGCUUGGACAAAGACCCAUCCUUGGAUACUGUGCUGUUGCAGCUAAAAAAAGCUUUGAAAUGUUGCGACACGAUACAGCCCACUGAAGUGAAGCAAAUUGCUGAAAAAUGUUACUCAUUUCUAAACAAGCAUCUAAAGGAGACACAUUCCUGUAUGAAAAUCCUUGCUAGGGAACUGAACUUUAAUUUUAUCUUAGUUGAAGGAAAGUUUGUGUCCUUUGAUAAAGUUGCCCACCAAGUGUCAUUUGAUGCUGCCCCCUAUCUUUACAAACUGCCAGAAGAAUACACAAGAUUUGAUGACCUCUGGAAAUGUGUUGGCAUUAAAAAGCUUUUCUCCCUCUCCGAUUACUCCUCUGUGCUUCAGCAGAUAUCAGACACUUACAAAGGAAAACGCCUUAAGAAAUCGGACCUUGAGCUCAGUCUGAGAGUGAUUACAACAGGCUUUGGUGAGCUCCCCAAAGAGGAUAUCGAUUCCUAUGAAGCCCAGAAAAUUUUGCUUCCGGACAACAAGUGUGUGCUUCGACCAGUCAGCAAGCUGCACUACAAUGACACACCCUGGCUGGAGCUUGGUGAGAAUAAAGUUCUCUGCCACAAAAGCAUACCCCGUGAAGUUGCUCUCCGCCUAAAAGUACAAACCACAAAACACAAAGCCCUGGCUGAUAUGACAGUUGAUCCGUUGUCACGCUGGAUGAAGCCAUUUGGGGCCCAUGAAGAGCUUACGGCGCGGCUGUCGAACAUUAUCAAGGCAUACCCGUCCAAGAAAGAUAUACUGAAGGAGCUAAUACAGAAUGCUGAUGAUGCCAAGGCAACCGAAAUACAUUUCAUUUGGGACCAAAGACACCACCCCACUAAAAAAACUUUUGGAAAGAAAUGGAUUCCACUGCAAGGGCCUGCACUGUGUGUCUACAACAACAAAAGAUUUACAGAAGCAGACUUUGAAGGAAUUCAGCAACUGGGAGAGGGAGGAAAAGGAAACAAUCCAGAAAAGACUGGAAAGUACGGACUGGGAUUUAACUCCGUCUAUCACCUAACUGAUUGCCCUUCUUUUGUUUCGGGGAACAGUCGCCUGUGUGUGUUUGACCCCAAUGUUGCCUACCUGCAGACUGCUACAAAUAGAGAUCCUGGUGGUGAAAUAGCCAUUAACAAUGAGUUCAAAAGCACGUUUUCAGAUGUUUAUGAUACCUACCUGCCCUCAUUUUGUGACCUUGACAAGGGCACACUGUUUCGAAUUCCUCUUCGAACACCUGAAAUGGCUUUAAAGUCAAAAAUAGCAAAUGCACAGGUUGUAAACGAUGACGAUAUCGACAGUUUGGUUGAUGUGCUGAGGGAAGACUCGGACAGUCUCAUACUGUUUUUAAACAACAUACAGAAAAUAACCUUCCAAAAACUUGGAAGAGAAACCAACGAACUGGAGCCACUAUUGACUGUGGAAAUGAAGAUGCCUGAAGAGAGUAUGAAAAAGAGAAAAGACUUCCAAGAAAAAAUACAAAAGAUUGCAGAUCUUAAAACUGAACUGGCAGAUAUAGAGCCCUACCAGACUGUGUAUAACAUUGAAAUUCACUGCAAAGACAAAAGUCCAACACAGUGGAUACUGGCAAAACAAGUGGGCAUACAGGAGGAGAAGAUUCGUGCUUCUAUGCAGGACCUUAAACUGGAUCGAAUGCUAUUGCCCCAUGGAGCUAUUGCAGCAAGUCUGAAUUCCUAUGUCAGAGGCAGAGCCUUCUGCUCUCUUCCCCUGCCAGUUGAAACCGGACUCCCUGUUCAUGUCAAUGGGAACUUUGCAGUUGAUUUUGCCAGGAGGGACCUCUGGAAACAAGAUGGGUCGAGUGUGAAGACUGAGUGGAAUAAAAACUUAAAGAUCCAUGUAAUUGCUCCUUUAUAUGGUGACCUCCUUUCAUACAUAAUUGGGCAUUUGUUUAAGGACAGGGAAAAGACUUUGAGAUUCCAAAACGAAAUGUUUUGUGAGAAUCACCUUGAGCAAUGUUUAAGAAUUUUUCCUUGCAUGUUUGAAAUCCUACACCCACAGUGGCAAGAAACAGUUUACCAGGUCUACAGGUCUAUCCAUGCUAGGAAACAGGAGGUUAUCCCUUUAUUCAGGUCAGAAGAAGUUAAAAUUAACACCUAUACAAAAAAUAUGCUGACUGUUUCCUGGUCUAGUGUUGGAAAGGAAAACUGUAACGAAGAACCACACUUCAUGACUGAAACAUGCAUGGAGGAACAAGUCAUGACUUUACAAAACAUGGACAUGAAAUUGGUUCUCCCCUUUGAAACAUUGAAAAGAAUAUUUGAAGGCUUUAAAAAAGCAGGAACAAAUGUUACUUCCCUGAAUCCAGAAUCUCUUAGGAAGUUUCUGAUGGCCCAUCCUUUGUUGAACAAAAAAAGCCUUUCUGUACCUGUUAAUGAGUCUCCAAUGAAAAAGAUAAGACAAUUAAACAUUCUUUUAGAAUAUUGUCUUAAGGACGUCAGUGAAAAAAACAGAAACUGUCUAGAGGGCUUGCCUCUUUUAUUAACUCAAGACAACAUUGUAAGGAGGUUUCAGUUGGGAGCACCAAAAUAUACUUCACAAUUUCAUGAUUUGUUCCCAGAUUUAAAGCAUUUGUUUGCAAACUGUCAUACCGCUGAAUCUACACUGAAAGAGAUUGGAUUCCUGAAAGCUUUCACAGUCGCUGAAUCUGCGCAGUUUAUCAGAGGAAAAUUGUCCCGGGAAGUCACUGACGAUGACUGUCACUCUUGGCCAAUUUUACCAAAAAAAGAUGAAAAGUGGAUAAAAAAACUGUGGGAAUAUUUCCUUAGACAGUUUCACAUCUCUGGGACUUCAAAAGAGGGAAAGAAAGCAGAUGCCUUUAAGGAGCUGAAAACCCAUUUUGCAGAUCUUGCAAUUCUACCUGUUUUAAAUCUAAGACAACCUAAUGAGAAGAUCCUGACAUCUCUGAAUCGUUUGCAAAAUGUGGUUUGUAAAGCAGAGCUCGGCACAAUUGCCAAUCUCCUCUCAAAAAUUGGCUUUGCCCAAUUUGACAGUUUCCUGUUAAAAUUUGAUCUUGCAUAUCAUGUAAUCAGGCCACAUUUAUUACAAACAGGAGAACAUUCCUUAGUUCUUGACCAGCUGACUCGUAAGAAAGAACUACAAUGGAGUCAAUUAUCCAAUUCAAUGGAGUACAAUAGAAUGCUACAGUUCUUUUCUGAAGGACUGCAGAAGUGCAAGGACAAGCAAUCAUACAAGAACAAGUUCAGAUCCUUACCUCUCUUUGAAAUGACACAGGGGUGCCGCCAAAGCAUUGACGGGUUUAAAUCUGUCUACAUUUUGAAGUCAAAAUAUGAUGUGAUCUGCCCAGAGUUGUACCAGGUGGAUAGGACUAUUGCAUUUCUCAAGGAUACUCCUUUCAAUCAAGAACUGGCAGAAGAAUUGGAUAUCGAAGUAAUAAAUGACUUGGAGUUUUUCACCUCUGUAAUUCUCUGUAAACUUCAACAACUGUCAGAGUCGCAAAUUCUUCAUGCAAUAAACCUGCUGUUGAAAAUAAUCCACGACUAUCAUAUACAAUAUCAGAAAAACAAAAAUCUGAUCACCUCUGUUCUCAAACCAGUGAAGUUUAUCCGAGACAUGCAUGGUAGCCUACGGGAAGCCUCUUUUUUCUAUGAUAAAGAGGAUCCGCUUUUCAAAGUAAUGGAUUUAAAGGAGAAAUUUAUUCCUCAGUCCUUCUUCAAAAAUGUACAACCUGAAUACAUGUUCAAAAUGUUACUGAUAGACCUUGGGAUGAAGAUGAUCCCAUCACAUGAUGACCUAAUUGACUUUGCAACUUUAGUUGCUCAAGAUGCUGCAAAGGGGGCUCCUAUGAAAACCCUGAAGCCAAAAACAGAUGCUUUACUUGAUGCUCUCUUUAAGAUUGAUGAAAAGAAACUUGAUGCAGAUUUCCUUGAAACACUGUCCCAUAUUAAAUUCAUCUACCCCCAUAAAGUGCCUAAGGAAUUGUGUGCCUUGCAUUCUCCAUAUGUUAAGAAUAACCAGUUUAUUGCAUUGAAGGGGUCGAUGGUAAGACAAUGGCAAAAUGAUGAUGAACUAGUCUGGACCUCCAUGCCAAUACUACAUUUUCAGAGCACAGCUGGAAUACUAAAGAAGUCUGGCACCUUGUUUCUACCCCCGCAAGACUUAGUUCUUCAAAAUCUUAAAAAUGUUUCAGGAGUUGACUGCAAAACUGAACCAGUUCUAAAAACCAGAACAAAGGUCAUGAUAACAGCAUAUGUCUUUCUUCAAAAAAACCCAUUCUACGAUCCCAAGUCUUUAUCAGACUUACCAGUUAUUCUGGUAGAAGACAACACCCGUUUGGUGAAAUCAAACCAGGUGGUACUGUCAUUAAAAAAUGACAAAGAAUUCCGGCCAUACCUGUACGAACUUCCAUUUGAACUGGGUACUUACAGGGAUUUCUUCCAAGGGAUUGGUGUUUCUAAGAAAGCUACACCAGUCCAUUUCUGCUCAGUCUUGAGAGCCCUCUAUGAGGAUACCAAGGGCAUGAACUGUUUACAGCCAAACCAGGUAAAGACUGCAAAAAGGGCUGUUCAACAUCUUUUCAAAAGUUUGCUGAAAAAUUCUGAUAACCAAGACUUUCAGUUACUGAAACCACUGUAUCUGCCUGCUACUGAUGGAAAGCUAUACGAGUCAUGUAGCCUGUACUACAAUGACCGUGUUACCACAGGUUCCAAAACCAACCUGAAAUCCUUGGAAGAAAAGUUUAAAUUUUUGGUUAACCUGAAAGAUUGUCAUAUUAAAUGGAAUGUCUACACGAUCCAGAACCUUUUCAAACUACUGCCAGAAGAAAUAAGACCCAAGAUGUUUUCGCAUAUAACCAAGGAAAAUCUAGAAGAAUCAACUUUGAGGCUUUGUCUGCUUGGGGAGAACUGUGAUUUUCGGUGUCGGCUGCUGAAUCUCCUAGUGUCCACGAAUUUCACUGAAGGUGUGAUUUCUCUUUUGAAAGGGCAGAACGAAGGCCAGGAGACCGUAUCAGCUAGUGAGCUGAAGAAGGUCUUUUCUAAAAUCAGUAUCACCUGCUGCGAGAAGCUUGAAACUGUUCUGGUUUACAACGCUGAACAUUUGAAGAAUACCAAUAUUCAAAAACAAGUCUACCUCCAGAAAGACAAGGACGGCCACUGUGAUUUUUUUGUAGAGCACCAGGAUGGUUUUCAAGGAAGGAAGAUGGUGAAAAUACCAAAAAGUAUUGCCCAAGAAAUCAAUGUGUUGCUUAAAAACAUGUUGACUGAAAAUUCAAUGUUCAUACUCUUUGAAAUGCUCUGCUGUGAUGACCCAGAAGAUAUUUACAGUGUACUGGUUGAGAAUGACAUCCACUCUUUUAAUUGUGAAGGGGACAGCUCGUUUAAUUUACCUGAUCCUGGAGAAGUCAUUCCGAAUUACUUAUGGGACCUUCUUGAAAUGGAUUUCCUCAACCAUUUUGAAAAGGGAGAUUUUGUUGGCUACUUAGAUCCUUCUUGGCCAGAGGAAGUUUAUCUUUAUGCAGUUGUAGUAGAGUGUCUGGGCAUGCGGAAGAGAGCAGAUGGUGAGGUGCUGAUGUACCGAAUCCAGAUAGGUAGUGAAAACAUUCUGGAAGUCACUAAAACUGAUAUUUAUCAGUUUAAGAGGAACAAGGGGGUCAACAACAACUGCAGAGAUCUUGUCCCUGUUGCACCUGGAGAGGAAUCGAAUGAAAUCCCAGUUGGGAAGUUUUCAAAGUCAUUCGAUGAAAUUAAAAAGGAAAUCGACGAGUACUUUGAAAAAAUAUCAAAACUUCCAAAAGAAGAGCGAGUCAAAGCAAUCCGAAGGCUUUACUUAAAAUGGCAUCCUGACAAGAAUCUGGAUAAUUCUGAGCUCGCUACUGAAGUCUGCAAGUAUAUUGAGCAGUUGAAAGAAGGGAGACGAGUGUCAACUAAGCAAGGCAAAAGUCAAACAUCUGAAAACAUUUUCAAAACCUGGAGUAGUCAAGCACGGAAUCACAAACGAGGGAGGUCAGAUUUUGAGCAUAGAUAUUCUUCCGGGAAUUAUGACUUCUUCUUCAGUUUUCAGCACAGAUACCAGCCAAAACCUGAAGAAGCAAAGAGGUGGUUUAAGCAAGCACAAUGUGACCUUUCUGCUGCUUCCGUUGAUAUAGGCCAGUCAACAACAGAAUGGGUCUUCUUUAAAGUACACCAAGCCGUGGAAAAAGCUCUCAUAGCAGCCCAAUACAGGAAAGAUGGAAGGUACACCAAGGAUCAGAAUAUUGUAGGGCUGGCAAGAACAGUCUCUGCAUUUCAUGGCAACCUCAGUGAACUAAUAGAUAUUGUGUGCAAACUAAAGCAACACGGAGUAGACAACAAGAAGACCCAAUAUCCAAACUGUCACGCUGCUCCCAACAUUCCCAACGGACAAUUCCCUUCAGAUAAGGAACAGGAAGUGCUGGAGCUUGGAAAAUCUCUUCUGGCCAAAGUACGGGACUAUAUCUCCUAAUUUAAUGAUAUGCAUCAAUAACUUAAAUAGAAUCAAGGCUAAAACUUACAAGCAACUAUUACUUUUUACUCUUAAAUUAUAUACAGUGCCCUUGACUUGAGCUAUGUACUCCCUGAUAAUUCUACUUUUUUAUUUUUUUAUUUACCAAUUCUAAAUUACUUUUUGACUUGAACACAAAGUGCAAAGACUAGUUUCAUCCAUAUGGUGAUAACUUUACUGCUUUUGUUUUGACUCCUUUUGAAUACAUAACAACAGCAGUUUAAAGACUAUUUAACACAUAUUUGUCCUGCAAUAUAAACUUGAAGGCCAAUUCAUUUUAUUAUUAUUAUUAUUAUUAUUAUUAUUAUUAUUAUUAUUAUUAUUAUAAGUAGUGGUAUUUCUUUAACCAUUUAGCUCAAAUUAAUGCUCCUAUUUUUUUCACAGCUUCAGUCAGUUAUGUAUAUUCUAUUUUUUUCUACACUUUUUCUUUAUUCCUUAGUAAAACCUCUUCUCAUGUUGCAUUGUGGGAAAUAAUAUUAUGUUAGUAUUACUGGUCCUGAGAUGAAAGAGAAGAAACAGUAUUAAAGCUGAUAGCAUUUAUAAGUCUCCAAAAGGUCUCAUUAUCAGGUAAACUGGAUUUAAGAAGAAUAGAUGUACAGAUUGUUUUUUUUCUUUUUUUAAAUAGACUUGUGCAAAGAGCCCCUGUGUACACAUUAGUUGUUUCUAGUUCGUUGUGUAAUGUUAAAAUUGGGUCUUUUUCCUUUUUUUUUGCCCUGGAGUAAAAUCUUAGCAAAUGUCUUGAUAAUUAUUAGGGAAAUGUAGAACCAUUUUUAAUUUUUUAAUUUGCUUUGACAGUGAUACUGUAUCUUUUUUAAAAUACACUGAAUUAAUAUUGCUUAUUUUGUUUUGUAUUCCUGAAACUGACAGGAUCCAGUAACAUAUUAUCCUGUAAUACAAUAAACUUUAGAAUUGCAUACAGA